GAGAGCCGAAGGAAUACGGGGAUCAAGGAUCAAAUGCGCAUUGUGUACGUUUCAGAUUUGGUGGAAACUUGGUACCAACUCUUGGUUCGAUUCAUACCGACAAAGUCUUUGAUCGUUAACAUGACGUGGGACAUCUUAUCCGCCUAUAUCUCGUGGAUAGACAUCAAUCUGGUUGCCAGCGAACGCUUCAUCGCGUUGCUACUGAAAUGCCUGGGGGACAUUGAAUUCCUGGAGGCGGCCACCGACUGCCUCUGUUCUUUGGUGACCAAAGGCAUGGAUGCAAAGUUAAAACUGCAGUUGAUUGUUGCUCUUGAAGAAGCGUUGAAACGGUGCCCUCUCUUCACAGUGUCCAGUGAUGUACGUGCGAAUCCCGACAAGUCUUUGUGA